GUCAUCUUCUCAUUCUUCUUCACUACGGCCACUGCACGCUCAAACAUUCUUCUUCAAGAAGAGCCACCGCGUCGCCGCUGGACUCGCCACCGCGUGGCCGCUGGACUCAUCACCGCUAGUAAAAUCGAAGAGCGAAGUUGCCGCCUCUCCCCAAUAGCUGUCCACCUCAACCAUCAACUCCUCCUCCAAACUGCUCCGACCAGGUGAAUAUGGAGAACAAGCGUAUUUGGAGUGAUGAAGAGACAAACGCUUUUGUUGGCUUCAUGGAGGAGUUUGUCGUAGACGGUCAGAGGGCUGAUUGUGGGCAGUUUAAACCCGGAACAUUCGAGAAACUGGCUCUGAAGAUGCUAGAGGCCUUUCCCGGUUGUACACUGACCGCGAAGCACUGCAAGAAUAAGCACAAGCGGUUGAAGGAGAAGUACCAGUACGCCGCUGACAUGCUUGCUUGUAGCGGAUUCGGCUGGAACCAUGAUAAACAAUGUGUGGAGGUUGACAGCAAAGAUGUCCUUGAUGCAUGGAUGAAGGCACAUCCGACCAAGUUCUACAGUCCUGGCAAGCCAUUUCCUCUUUUUCACCGGCUGGAGGGUAUAUUUGGCAGGGAUAGAGCCACAGGAGCAGCAGCAGUUAGUGGUUUUGAUGCGGAGGAACAGGUUAACGAAGAGACAGAAGACACUGCAGUUGGAUUUGAUGAGUCUGAUAUGUCUCCAUAUCCAGACAACGACGGAGGGCCAGCAAUGCAAGGACAAGCAUCACAAUCUGAAGCAGGUGCAAGUGCAGGAAGCACAAGGCGAUAUGGGAGGAAGAGAAAACAACUUGACGUACUGGAGAGGAUGGCCGACCAUAUUCAGCAAUCUUCAGCUGACCAAAGGAAGAUUGCCCAACUGAUAGCUGAUGCCAUUGUUGGUGUGAACGAGAAGUGGAAGGUUGGCGAGAAGCUCACACAGCUUGGGUUCGGUGAUGACGAGGUGGUGAGGGCGAUUUUGAAGUUUGCUGAAAGUCCUAACGUGUAUGCACACUUCUGGGGCUUGUCAGAUUCACAGAUGAUUGGCCUUGUUCGCUCUAUUAUAUGA